AAAAUAAAAAGAAAUUCUGGGAAAGGCAUUGAGCAGAGCACACUUGAUCUAAUCGGCAGCAGAGAGAAACAGCAGUCCACUGGCAAAGAGGAUGGAGACCAAACCAACAGAGAUCAGUAGCUCAAAGAUGUUCGGAGGGUACAACAAGAGGUACAAGCAUUUCAGUCCCACACUGGGCUGUUCCAUGACCUUCCACAUCUACUUUCCUCCUUCUCCUUCCCCUUCCCACAAAUUCCCCGUACUUUACUGGCUCUCUGGCCUUACCUGCACAGAUGAGAACUUUAUAAUCAAGUCAGGAGCUCAACGUGCUGCUUCGAGUGAGGGUGUUGUUUUGAUUGCCCCUGAUACAUCUCCAAGAGGCCUGAAUGUGGAAGGAGAGGCAGACAGCUGGGAUUUUGGUGUAGGUGCUGGUUUUUAUCUGAAUGCUACACAAGAGAAGUGGAAGAACUGGCGUAUGUAUGACUAUAUUGUCAAGGAAUUGCCAACACUUCUCAGUGAAUGUUUCCCAGAGCUCGAUACUUCACGGGCAUCUAUAUCAGGUCAUUCGAUGGGUGGGCAUGGUGCCCUAACAAUCUACCUUAAAAACUUGGACAAGUAUAAGUCAGUAUCUGCUUUUUCACCCAUUGUGAAUCCUACAAACUGUGCCUGGGGCCAGAAGGCUUUCACAAAUUAUCUAGGUGGAAACAAAGCUGAUUGGGAGGAAUAUGAUGCAACUUGCCUGAUUUCCAAGUUUCAUGAUGUACCUGCCACCAUUCUGAUUGAUCAGGGGGAGGAUGACAAAUUUUUGCACGAUCAGUUGCUGCCUCACAAGUUUGAAGAGGCAUGCAGGAUUGCUAAUGUUCCACUCCUUCUGAGGUUGCAACCUGGUUAUGAUCACUCUUACAAUUUUAUUGCCACCUUCAUUGAUGAUCAUAUCCGCCACCAUGCUCAAGCUCUUAACCUUUCAAGAAUCUAGAACACAAAUCCGGACUAUGGACCGCUCGUGCUUAUAACUAAAUAAUUUUGGUUUUCCCUUGAGAAUGUUAUGUUCAGAAUACCUAGACCAUGAAAAUGAUGGUACUUAAGAUGUCUGAUUAUGUGCUAGACUUGGAAUGAGUGAGCGCCUAGCCAAUUAGUAACACUGGCUAAAUGUUCAGUAUCCAGAGACUCGAGGGAUUCGACACCUAUGCAUUUUAUUAAAAUCGUGUGCUUAGAAUCCUGUGAUGUGUAAAAUAUAAUACCUUUU